CGAACCCACCGACGACGACUCUCGCUCCUCCUCUCCUGCCCCCGAUGUUCCCGAGGCCACACCCCCAUCGCAUCCAGAGGACGAAGACCCGGACCCAUCUCCCCCGACGAGCCCCAAGUCUUCGCUCAUCGCGUCUCCGCCCCUGGACACGCGCGCAUACUCCCCCCACGGAGUCGGCAUCGGUAUUCUCUCGCCUCAGCCCGUCCUCGGCCCCUUCGCGCCUAUUUCUCGCGCCAACCUAUCCCCCUUGCGCGUUAGAUCGUCCCCCGCAGAGCAGCGUUCCAACCCUCUAGACUCCGUCUCUCCCCGCAGCUCGACAGGCCCAUAUGAGCCACCGCAUGCCCCGCGCGCCGGCGGUUCUCGGUCCCCAGAAAUUUCACAGCCCCCUCCACCGGUCCCGCCUUCCCUGCGGUACGUAGAGGACACGUCCAGGAAGGGAUGGGCCGCCGGUGAGCACAUCCAACUCACCAGCUUCACUAGCGCCGGAGAAGGUGGCCAAGUCGGUUUACGUAUCUCCCUCCCGCUUCCGAAUCCGACAGCUUCUACGGCGACGCCCUCGCCUCCGCUGCUCUCGCAGCUCGUCCACGACCCUCUUGCGACGUCUCUCGCGGCUACCCUCGACCCUGGACCUUCGAGAGCGAAUGCAGAGCCCCCGGCUUCGGCCGCGACAGUGGACUUGCCCGCGUCGGAGCCGAAUCCCAAUAUUGACUUCACCGAGUUUGACACAGAGGGCUGCAGCGCCUUGGAGAAAAUCUAUCUCUUCUCGCGCAGUCGAGCUAGCUUCCACAGGGUGUUCAUCGCCCAUGCUCUUCCGCAGUACCUGCUGGGUGCUGAGCCCGCAACUGCCGAAAUGCCCAGCCGAGAGAUAAUUGAGCAGAUCACCCCAGGUGAAGCAGUCGAGUAUGUUCUUCCGCUGCUCAACGGUCUCGCGAUGGACGAAGAUGAAGCCGUUAAAGAAGCGCUAGCGGCCGAACUCGUUCCCAUCAUAUGGUGGUUCAUUACACACUGCAGGCUGGUCGAAGACGACCCCCCGGCUCCCCCCUCGCCUCCGGCUCCGACCCCGCUCUCCUCUGUUGCCCCCUCGGCGGACGAGAGCAUUUCGAUUCUCCCGCAUCUGCUAACCCCGCGUCCCGAGUCGAAUACCGGUGCUCAAGAUGUUCCCGCGAGCUCUGGGGACGGCAGCAUCCUCGUGCACGAGCACGAGCACGAUUACGAUGCGCCGACUGUGGUUCCUGUACAGGCUUUCACGCCCAUCUUGGGCACUUUGCUCCUCAGUCCGAACGGCAUAGUCGGUGGUUCCGCUCGGUACGCCGUCGUGGAACUCCUCCGAAGAUUACGGCGCGCCGACGAGCGUGAACAGCCCAGUGAAGCUGAAAGCGAGACUGCCGAGUCGCUGCAUCCACAGCAGCCGUCCCGUCCCGUGAGCCCAGCGUUGUCUCAGGCAUCCUAUCAGGACAGUGCAGAGUCCUUAGACCUCGGGCUCUUCCAAGAGAACGAGCGACGGCUGUUCGAACGAGAGCUUGUCUACCAAGUAGUCAUUGGCAUGGGACGCCUAGACAUGGAUGACCAUCGGAACGACCAUGAACAAGAAGACUUUCCCGACACGCCAUCCGAGUGGGACGCGUCCACAGCCGUCCCGACACCACAGGCUAUCGCGCUCACCUCCGAGCCCGAGUCCUACUUCCCCCCCGCUCCUGCUCUUGGAAUGUCUUUUGCGGGGUCGUCCGCGCUGCCAGCUCCUUCCCCGCUUGUGUCCACCGUCGACACGACUGCAGUCGGCACCACCACGCUCUCACCUGCGCCUUCGCCAUCACCGCCCGUCUUGUCGACAUCUCCGAUGGAGGAAUCUCCCGGCCACUCAUCAGCGUCCACGCCGUCACUGACGUCAUCUACUUCGUCCUCAUCAGGAGACUAUUCCGACACUGUUGAGCCGAGCGAACCGGAUCGCUUCAGCCUCGGAUUGACGAGCAUGUUGUCUGCAUCGGACGACGGCUCCGGCGGGGACGAACUCGCCUCCACGCCUUCCGGCCCAAAGAUGCCGUUUGCGAUGACGCAAGAAGCGCAUUGGACGACGCCCGGUGCAUUGCCCCGGCCUGCUGCGCUCCCGACCACACCUCCGUUCGAGGUGCCGCCUCCUCCGCCCGUUGCUAGUCCAGUGCCGGUCUCGGCGGAGUCGACAAUGCCGCUCUCUAGUAUACCGACGUUAAUGGUGCAGGCGCCGAGCGCCAGCCCGUUGCGCGAGUCACCCCCGCGACAGCAGAUUUUGAGCUCUGGAUGGCUCAGCCCGGGGUCCGCAGCAAGAGAAUUGGCCGCGUUGGAGGAGCAGCAGCAUAUGGACGAAGGGGCUGAUCUCAGCGAGGAGGCGGCGGUCGGGCGACUGUCUAGCAUGAGUUUGAUGGCGGCAGUGACGGCGAGCGGUUCGAUUGGGGAAGACACGAAGAGGGCGUUCGUAGCCGAGGUCGAACGGGUCGGACGAGAUUCGGUGUAUUGGGUCCGUCGGGAGGCGAGCUUCGCGGUCGGUGCGCUUGCGAAGGUCGUGCCGGUCGAGGUCGUGACGUCGUCAUUGCUUCCGUUAUUCGAGUCUCUCUGCCACGACGCGACGUGGCACGUCCGCCAUUCCGUGUUGUUUGCGCUGCCGGCCAUCCUCUCGCGGUUGACUCCGGAGCGCCGCCGAACACUUGCGUUGGAGGUUAUAGUUCCGCUGUCGCAAGAUGAAGAGGCGACCGUGAGGUCAGCUGUCUUGGAGGCUCUCGGCGAAGUGAUAUACACGUUCGCGGACGACGAGGACGGUCCUCCGGAAGCGUUGCUCAACCUUUUCCUUGGGGUGCGAACAACGGACGAUCCGUCAGGUAGCGUACCACUACCCGACGUCGAAAGAGACGUCACGCCCCGGGAGGUACAAGCGACGCCACUCCGCUCAGCCACCUCGACGUCCGCGACGAGCUCGGCUUGGAGCGACUACGGCACUGACGCAGGUGGCGGCCCUGAUAUUUACGACGAUCCGCAGCGGCCUCUGAUUUGCGCAUUCAAUUAUCCCGCGGUUGCCCUGACGCUUGGCCAGCGCCGGUGGCCGGAGCUGCGCUCGCUGUACCUGUCGCUCGCCAAGGAUCCGUCGUUGAAAAUCCGGAAAACCCUCGCCGCGUCCCUCGGGGAGAUCGCCAAGAUCAUCGGCGAGGAGCACGCAGCGGCCGACCUCAUGAGCGUCUUCUGGUCGAGUCUGCACGCGGCGGAAGGCGAGGUGCGUACGAAGAUCGUCGAAGCGCUUCCCGCGUUCGUACGCGCUCUCGCACACCCGCAGCGUGUGGAAGUCGUGCGGGGCCUCGAGGAGGCGUUCUCCUCGGGUAAGCUGUCCUCGUGGCGGGAACGGGAGAGGGCGGUGAAGGCGCUGGAUGGGGUGGUGGAGGUGGAAGGCGUGGAUAGCGGCGUGCUGCAGACGAUGCUGGUCAAAGCGCUGGAUGACCGUGUUGCGGCCGUCAGAGAGGCCGCCGUGUCUGUGCUGCCUGUCUUCCUGAGGGCGUGGAAGCACUCCCCGACCCUAGUCGAAGCGCUGGUCGCCGACAUUAGAGCAUUCGCCGGCUCAGACUCGUUCCGCCGGCGUAUGACGUAUGUGACGUGCGUGCAGGAGAUGGUGGUGUCCGACCAUGGGGACGUCACCGUCCGGGGGGAGACGUUCUGGGAGACGCUCUCAGCACUCGUUCGGGAUCCGAUUGUCGACGUCCGCAUACGCGUGGCACGGCUGCUGGGUCUGAUUUCCGACAAGCUCGGCGGCGGCGAUAGCGACGUCGCUGCUAAGACUGUCGCGUUUGCGCGAGAUCUGGCACAGGAUAGCUCCCACGAGGUGCAGGCAUUCGCGACUGCCGUUCUCGCCGGCUCUCCGGCCUCCCAGAGUGAGCCAAGUCGGCAGCCUGUGGCGACGGUGUCGCCCCCUGUCGGACGGAGUGCGGCUACAUUCUCUCGCCCGCCGCCACCUAGUCCAAGCUAGAGUCCACGGAGCGUCCAGCGUGGAUAUCCUUCAGGUGGCUUGGAGCAGGCUGCAGCCUCUCUUGGGUAGACCCUUCCUCUGGGACACACGGUCGGCCGCUAUUAUAACUCAGCGGGUGAGACAUCUGGAAACCCGCCGAGCUAUGGAUAUGUCGAAGCAGCGGUCAGACCGGAUCGCGGGCUCAUUGUGCGGUGCACCACUGAGUCGACCUUCCUGCGACGUCAUCGUGUUUUCGCGCGGCAUUUCCAUGUCGCGCCGCGCAAUCUCUGGGGCACACGAGCCUCGUGCGUGCCCGGUCGCCCGGUCAGCAGACCGAACGCCCUUAUAUAGCUAACUUAUCAUGUACGACUGCUCAUAUCACUACUGCUGCAGCCCUAUCGCCGUCGUGGUCCGUACGUAUCUUCCAUUCAAGCUCUGUUGUUAUCUUCAUAUCCGCAUCGACGUCCCCAUUUGCCUCUACAUUCGCGUUUCCGCAUGUUAUACUGUAUCAUU